AUGCCAGUCACUACCCAACAGAUAUUUGAAUAUCUCUUUCGUCAAAGGAAAAAAGAAAUAAAGAACGCCCGCAUGCUGUGGCAAUAUUUACGUGUUUGCGCCCAACAAGCUUACUAUUACUGUAGUAUGUUUUAUUAUAGGAGUCACGUCAAUCUUCCAUUCUUGACCAGCAGUAUUAGAUUCAAUGAUGUCAAGUCUCUACGCACAUUUAAUUUGUUGUCUCUAUGCACAAAAGAACAAAAUUCUUAUAUAAUCUAUGUCAUUCAAGGUUUUGUGAAUGAGCUGCAAAUAAUACCCAGUCGCAGUCCCUUUUGGGGAGCAUACUUGUUUGAAUUGGCAGGAGUCUUUCUUUUACAGCCUACACCAUCAGAUUUUAUUCUUUUGGAUUCCAAGGGGCUCCUAAGUCCCAUCACUUUGACAAACUUGGUUUAA